UAGUUUUAAUAAAAUCAGCUUAUAAACCGCGUUUUAUGCUAAAUUUUUAAUAUGUUUGUGUUUGGACACUGAUUUGACUAGCAUGAGUUUACCUCAGUGCCGCGGCCAUCUUAAUCGGUCUCUACUUUGGUAACACGUCGAGUGCACGCCGCAACGAUGAGUUCGCUCAAGUUACAGAAGAGGCUCGCAGCCUCUGUUAUGCGAUGUGGCAAGAAGAAAGUGUGGUUGGAUCCUAAUGAAAUUACCGAAAUUUCAAACACCAAUUCAAGACAAAACAUCCGUAAGCUUAUUAAGGAUGGUCUCAUCAUCAAGAAGCCCGUGGCUGUCCACUCACGCGCUCGUGUCCGCAAAAACACCGAGGCCCGUCGUAAGGGUAGGCAUUGUGGUUUUGGUAAGAGGAAGGGUACGGCGAACGCUCGUAUGCCUCAGAAGGAACUGUGGGUGCAGCGUAUGCGUGUGCUGCGUCGACUCCUUAAGAAAUAUCGCGUCGCCAAGAAAAUCGACAGACACUUGUACCAUGCCUUGUACAUGAAGGCGAAGGGUAAUGUGUUCAAGAACAAGCGUGUCUUGAUGGAGUACAUUCACAAGAAGAAGGCCGAGAAGGCGCGUACCAAGAUGCUGAAGGAUCAGGCUGAGGCCAGGCGUCUGAAGGUGAAGGAAGCACGCGUGCGACGCAACGAACGUAUUGCCGCCAAGAAGCAAGAGGUAUUGCAGAACUACCAGCGCGAAGAUGAAGCAGCCGCGGCCGCCGCUAAAAAAUAAAUUAUACAUUUAGAGGUUUUUUUCUUAAAAAGGUUCAUAAAUAAAUUAUGAAACACCAAA